AUGUUCAACUUGGUCUCAAGAAAAAAAUUUUACAAAAAAAAAAUGAUGAUGAUGCCUCCUCCUCAACCAUCAAAACUCGAGCAGAUCACACAGAUCGUGAAAGAGACUGCUUGGGUCAUUGGAACCUCAGCCUUCGUAAUCAUUUUCCCAAUUUACGUCGCAACGAAGCUCUAA